AUGCAAAAGACGUUCCCAGUUGUUCAGGAAGGAGUCAAGCAGCAAAUAGAACUGGGAAAGGCGAUCCGCAGAAGAUACUCUCACUUCCUGCCCCGACAGUUCGAUCCGAACUCGGUAAAGUUCCGAUCGACGAACAGGAAUCGAACGAUUCUCUCUGCAAAGGCCAACUUUCUGGGAAUGUACCCCGACGAGAAGGUGCUACCGAUCACGGUUCCGAGUGAUUAUGCGGCCGAUUGUGUGAACAACGUCAUUUGUAACUGCCGACGAAGGGAUGUGCUGCAACGGAUCGCAAAAGGUCUCGAGGAGUUCAAGGAUGUGGCAGAGAACUCGGAGGUGAGCACUAGGACCAGGGCUUUUUAGUCAAAAGGGUCGCAUCCGAUCGCAUACUAAGCAGUGUUGAGCGAAAUUCCAGUUCCCAACUUUGCAGGUCCAUUCCCUCUUCUCGAAACUCUCCCGACUCACCGGCGAGCCCUCGAUCACCGUCGACAACUUCUGGCGCAUUCCCGACACUCUCCGAUGCGAAAAACGGCACCUUCCGCUCCUCCUGAACGCCUCCAACCCCUGGUAUUCUGACGAACUUCUGGAUGAGCUGGAGCACCUGAACACCCGGAUAAAUCGAUUCACUUCGGGGUUGUACACGUCUGGAAUUGCGCGGGAGAUUUCAAAAAUCCGAUCCGGACCGUUGGUUUCGGAGAUUUUCGGAAGAAUGAUCGAGAAGUUGAAUAGAACGGGUUCGGAGUUCAAGUACUACGCCUACUCUUCGGUACUUUUAAAUAACUUUAAAUAUUUUCUCAAAUGCCCUCAUUUUCCAGCACGACAUGACUCUUUUCUCUCUGCUCACGGCACUCGGCCUCCAGAAUGUGACGUCUUCUGAAAUCGGUGGCUGGCUCGCGUACGCAUCUUCCCUUUUCGUCGAACUUUUCAUCCGGUCCUCCGAUAAUUCUGCCCACUUCCGAAUCAUCUACCGUACCGCUGCCACGUCGAUUUUCCAGAAUAUCACACCCCAAAUCUCAAAGUGCCACGGAAAAUUCUACUGUCCAUUGACGGUUUUUGAGAAAAUCCAACAGGAUUUGUCGAUUGGCGGAUUGCCGAUUUCCGCGUUCUGUCAACUCACUUCCGAUCUCAUUCCCUAA